GGCAGCCAGAUCCGACCCAAACAAAGCCUUGUCUUAAAGCUGCGCUUUGACAUUUUCGUUUCCAAUUCACUUCUUCUUCUCUUUCUUCUUUGCAGAGAACACAUCAGACAUGCUUUUGUUCUAAGACACAGACUCCAUGGCAAUGUAGGAGUGGGAAAUCAUCAGACAUGUUCAAGAAUCAGCUGCAAGAGCUAGCACAGAGAAGUUGCUUCAACCUCCCUUCUUACACUUGCAUCAGAGAAGGGCCAGACCAUGCUCCCAGAUUCAGAGCUUCUGUGAAUUUCAAUGGAGAAAUCUUUGAGAGCCCUAGCUACUGCUCCACCCUGAGACAGGCAGAGCAUGCAGCUGCUGAGGUUGCCCUCAAUCUCCUCUCCAACAGGGGUCCUUCAAGGUCCCUCACCGCCAGAGUUCUUGAUGAGACAGGGGUUUACAAGAACCUGCUUCAAGAAACAGCUCACAGAGCUGGUCUGAAGCUCCCUUUGUACACCACAGUUAGGUCAGGUCCUGGGCAUGUCCCUGUCUUCACUUGCACCGUAGAGCUUGCGGGCAUGAACUUCACAGGCGACUCAGCCAAGACCAAGAAGCAAGCUGAGAAGAAUGCAGCAAUUGCUGCCUGGUCUGCCUUGAAAAGAAUGCCAAACUUGGACUUAUUGUCUCAUUCAAGCAAGGAAACAGAGAGUGCUCGUGAGGAACAGGAUCAGCAGGCGGCUAUGGUUAGGGUCUUGUCAAAUUUCAGGCCUAAAGAAGAGGGGAAACAGACCAGGAGGAGGGAUUCGAAGAUUCAGAACCAAGCAAGAAGAAGAAUGGUAAGGGCUUAUAAAGACGAUGCUAAUAAUCCUCUCCAGUUUCAACCAAAGAGGCCUAUUGACCUAUUGAAGGACACUGUCCCAGAAGGCCCAACCCAAAAAAAUAACAUCUUUAUGUCUCUUCUCCCUCCACCCCCGCCAAGGACAGCUUCAAAGAUCUUACCACCAUCAAAUAGGGCUAGCCCAUUGUUCAAGGACACCCCACAAGUUAGGAUCCAAGAGGUGCUAUCCCCUCGAGCCCAAGAACAUCAAAAGGAUGAGCAAGAAAGAUCAAAUGCAAACAAUAACUCAAAUUCAAGCACUGUUUAUGAGCAAACCCACAUCAGAAGCAAGGUGUUUGAGUCCCUAGCACCCUCUCCAAUGGCAGCAGCAGCUCCCAUCAAGCCCCUCAAAUGCAGCCACGUGGCAAGAGCAAUGUACACAGGAGGCUUCCGGCCGCACAGGAGCAUUGCCCCAGCAGUUCAAAUCAGAUCUGUGAUCCCAGUAUGUGCUGCUCCCCCACCACCAUCAAAGAAAGAAGCUUUAGCUUCAACUUCAGCUUCAGCUUCUGGUUUAGGGGCUUCUUCUUCUUCAUCAAUCCCCACAUCAUCAGAGGUCUCAGUCUCAGCAGCCAGCAUAAAGUUAAAAAAUUUACAGUUGUGAAGAGAGCAAUUAGGGAAAAAUACAAUCCAGGUUUAUAUUUAUUGGUUUCUUUUCUCCAAGUUUUAGUGCAUGCUCUGUUCUCUUAAGCUUGGUUUUGCUUCUGUUUUUGUUUUUUGUUUUGGGUGUUUUGGUCAUGGACCGUGAGAAAGAGGAGUUGGAUCUGUGGUGGGAUUUUGCAAAAGAUGACAAGCAAUAGUAAUUCAACUUUGUUCUCUCCC